AAGACAAAACGUAGCCACAGAAACACACUACAACUUUUGCUGCUACCUACCACUUCUACAAACCCUUCACACAAAGGGGUUUUGUAGUCAUUACAAUCACUAACCCAUCAUCGUUUCAGCGUAAUGGUACCGGAAAGACAACACGGCGGUGGUGGUGGAGGAGGAGGUGCGCCCCACGGGAUCCUCCUGGCGGUGGUAGUGGCAAUCGUGGUCUUAGUGCCCUUUCUGGUUGGGGAUCAGGGCGAGGCCAUAACCGAAGCAAUCUCUGAGCUUCUAAGCCCAUUGGGCCUCCUCCUUCUUCCCAUCCUUCUCCUUCUCACCAUUCAGUUCCUCUCCUCCGACCGCGGCUCCUUUGUCUCCGCCCUCUUCUCCACCGGCGAGCCCGACACCAUCCACCGGGUCAGCGGUUCCCCCGUCGGCGUCGCACUCCUCCUCCUCCUCAUUCUCUUCCUCCUCUACAACCGCUUUUCCAUCUUCGGUGGCGACGAUUCCGAUGACUGAAAAUCAAAUCAUUUAAAAGAAAAGGUUCCCUUCGAACAUUCCGGAUCUGCGAUGAUAGUGUUGUAUAUGUACGUACAUGUAUGUACCUAUUCUUUUUCAAUCGAAUCUAUGGAUUUAAUUGGGAUGAUGGAAGUUAAUUAAAGUCAUAGUUGCGACAUUAUUGCGCUAAUUA